AUGCUAUUGAAAGGUCUUCCAUCUAGCCAAUAUAUCCGUGAAUACUUCCAUCACUAUGCCUCUGUCACGCAUCUUGCUGGCUCAGCUAACGACCAGGCUCAAGCAGUGUGGACUCGCGACAAGUUUAUUGAAUUCGGCAUCGAAGACACCCAGAUUGAAACUUACUAUCCUCUUAUGAACUACCCUAUCAAGCGCCGAUUGGCGAUCGUCGAUGGUCCACAAGAACUGUUGUACGAGGCUAAGCUUCAGGAGACGCCAGUGGCUGAAGAUGCCACCCAACGUGAUGGCCGCAUUCCUACCUUCCAUGCUUACUCGGCUGAUGGCAAUGUCACUGGGCACGUUGUCUAUGUCCACUAUGGUCGCCUGGAAGACUUUAACUUUUUAUCAUCACAAGGAUUGAACUUCACCGACACUAUUGCUUUGAUUCGCAACGGCAUGGUCUCACGUGGCCUCAAGAUCAGAGCAGCUGAGAUGUUUGGCUGCAGUGGCGUCCUCUUGUACUCGGAUCCUUCCGAUGACGGACCGGCCAAUAAGGAAACCGACGACGGCGUUCCUGCCCUAGCUUAUCCUAACGGCCCUUGGCGCUCGGCUUCAUCUGUUGAACGGGGCACUGUCCACUAUCUUUCUGUCUAUCCUGGCGAUCCCUUGACUCCCGGCUAUGCUGCUACCGAAAAUGCCACGCGUUUGGAAAUGGAGCAAGCCCGUGCAUUGCCACGCAUCCCAUCGCUUCCGAUCUCCUGGUCAGAUGCCAAGCCUCUUCUCAAGGCAACUGAAACCUUUGGCUUGCGAUCCGAGCAGUCCGGAUGGCAAGGCGGUCUGGUUGGCGUCAACUACUACAGUGGUCCCAGCGAAGCCAAGGUGAACAUGGUCAACCUGAACGAAUACAAGAUCGCACCUAUCUGGAAUGUCGUUGGUCGUAUUCAGGGCAGCGAAGAACCCAACCGUGCCAUUAUCAUCGGUAACCAUCGUGAUGCAUGGGGCUAUGGUGCUGCCGACCCUUCCUCUGGCUCCGCUGUCAUGCUUGAAUUAGUCCGUGUCCUUGGUAUCAUGCUCGAACAAGGCUGGCAACCACGCCGUACCAUCAUUGUUGCUUCUUGGGAUGCCGAAGAAUUUGGCACCGUCGGUAGCACUGAAUGGGUCGAGGAUCACAAGGACUGGCUUUCCGAAGAGGCUGUGGCGUACAUUAAUGUCGACACCGCUGUCACUGGUCCUAACUUUGAUGCUCAAUCCUCGCCUCUGCUGAUGCAACUUCUGUACGAGAUCACUGACGAAGUGAUCGACCCACACACAAGCAAAACCGUCUUUGAAGCCUGGAAAGCACGGCAUCAAAAGGAAACCGCCGGCAAGGGCAUGGAACCUGACGAACUUGCCUUCCCUAUGGCCAAACCACUCGGCGCCGGCUCUGAUUUUGUUGCCUUCCAAGAUCAUGUUGGCAUCAGCAGCCUGAACCUAAAGUUCAAGGGCGACUAUGGUGUUUCGCACAGCAACUACGACUCUAUCUACUGGAUGGAGAACUUUGGCGAUCCGACCUUUGAAUAUCAUCGCACCAUGGUCCGCAUCUGGGGCUUGUUGGUGAUGCGCUUGUCGACUGACUGGCUGUUGCCCAUGCAUCCCUUGGAUUACUCUAACGAAAUCGCCCGCUAUUCCGCACACAUCAGCAACUUGCAAGGCUGUCUUGCAUUGCCCGAACUCUCAGCAGCUGUAGCUGCGCUUCAAGACCGAUGUAUUAAGCUUGAAAAGAAACUGCGGAAGUACCAGCACAAGAUCGACAAGGGCAAGCACAACAAGAAGCUCCGUAAGCAUGUUCGUAAGUCGAACGAGCAUCUUACUCAAAUGGAGCGUGCCUUUAUUGAUCCUCAAGGCUUGCCUGGUCGUGAGUGGUACAGACAUAUCAUCUAUGCACCCGCCAUGUGGAACGGCUAUGAUGUUCAGGUGUUCCCCGCUAUCCAUGAAGCCAUGCACAUGAAAAACCCAGCUACCAUUCGUGAAAUGGAAGAGCGUGCUGCUGUUGUGGUUAACAAUGCCUUGAAUGUUCUCAACGGUCAUUAUGAUGACUUUGUUGAGGAGGAGGACGAUGCUGACCUCGACUAA